CAUGGAUAUUUGUAUCAGUCAAAAACAUGCAUCGAAUUAAAUUUGGGUUUGAGUCCAAUGUUUCCAAAGUCAUUUCACACAAAGAAAAAGGGUGACAAAAAUCACCAGGCCGGUAGAGGUGCAGACAGUGGAGUUGGACGGCCCUACCAGGAGGUGUCCCUUAUUUAUUUAUCAAGGAGUUGGGAACCCUAUCUGUGUCCCACAACGAAAUAUUGCCUUGUGUUUUUUUUUUUUCAUUCUUUUGUUCUGUGCCCCCAUGUGAAAAAAAACUGGCCCCCCUGGUAAAUUUGGUCUAGAACCGCCACUGGUUCCAUGUUUUCACAAGACAUCUUUAUUGUUCCAACAAUAUUAUUUUCAUGUUUGAACAAUAUAUCAUCAUGUUAGUAGUAUAUAAAUAUGCAUAUUAUAGUAAGAUGAUAUAAUAUUGCACUAAUAUGAUAUUAUACUGUCCAAACAUGUAAAGGAUAUUUUUUAAACUAUAAAGUUUUCACGUAGUAACUGUCGCUCUUUUUUAGCAGCUCUACGCUUCCUUAGAUUUCUGUAACAGAUUCUUGUUUUUUAUGAAUCAGAGCCGUUGUUUGGUUUCUUAUCAUCCUAGCCUGGAAAUGAAUGUGAAAAUAAAGCAUCAAUCGGUCCAGUCGGUUUUAAUAUUUAAGCUGAGUGGAUGUGAAGUUCGGAGCAGAACUGCAGAUGGAUGAUCUUGCAGUAUUCCCAUGUUUUUCAGGGUGCGUGAACGCACCGCUUCCCAUUGACCGGGUAUCCCUUUCCGGUAGACGAGGACGACUUUUUUCCUCGCUCCGCCAUUUCAGUCCCGGAGGCGCUUGUGUCUCGUUAGUUUUGAACAGUUUUGUGUUUCUGGGGUAGAAGGAAUCGGUGGUUCUGUUUGGUUCCGCAGCGUUGGAAGUUCUAAAGUCGUGGCUUUGUUGCGUUUGGUUCCCUGAGGCAGUGUCGGGAAACAGAAGUUCUUGUAUGAGUUUCGGGAGAAGGGGGGCCUGGCCUGAAGCCUCGGACCGGACUCCGCUGCCAUGGCCGGUAAUUUCGACGCCGAGGACCGAGCUAGCUGGUACUGGGGCCGCCUGAGCCGCCCGGAAGCGGUCUCUCUGCUACAGGGUCAGAGGCACGGAGUCUUCCUGGUCCGGGACUCGAGCACCAUCCCCGGAGACUAUGUCCUCUCCGUCUCCGAGAACUCCAAAGUGUCCCACUACAUUAUCAACAACAUGAGCAACAACAGACAGUCUGGCUCAGGUUUGGCGGCUCCUCGGUUUCAGAUCGGGGAUCAGGAGUUUGAGGCAUUGCCAGCUUUGUUAGAGUUCUACAAGAUCCACUAUCUGGACACCACCACGCUCAUCGAGCCCGUUGGUAAGGCCAGGAACACCGGGUCCGUUGGCUCCCCCUCUCCUGGCGCCCCCCAACAGCCGAAGGAGGCAGAGUUUGUCCGGGCGCUCUUUGACUUCCCUGGGAAUGAUGAGGAAGACCUGCCCUUUCGAGCAGGAGACCUCCUACGUGUGCUAGAGAAGCCUGAGGAGCAAUGGUGGAGCGCAGCCAACCAGGAGGGCCGAAUUGGGAUGAUCCCAGUUCCCUAUGUGGAAAAGUACCGGCCCGCCUCACCCACCGCAGCCAAUUCAAGUCCCCCUGUCGUUGGAGGGGUAGGGGCCAUCCCAGAUGGGACAGGGACCACACAGGGUAACCCUCCAGGGGACCCCGGUCAGUACGCUCAACCUGUGGUAAACACUCAGCUCCCCAACCUGCAGCAUGGGCCGGUGUACGCACGAGCCAUUCAGAAGAGGGUGCCCAACGCCUAUGACAAGACGGCGCUGGCGCUGGAGGUGGGGGACAUGGUAAAAGUGACCAAGAUCAACGUGAACGGCCAGUGGGAGGGCGAGUGCAAGGGGAAACAAGGCCACUUCCCCUUCACUCACGUCCGACUGCUGGAGCAGCAGCAUCCUGAUGACGAGAGCUGAGGAGAACCGAGCCGGCGCCUCCAGUCUUUCCCAACCGUUCUGUCACGCUCAGGAGGAAAGGAGGAAGCUCGCCGAAUCCGAGCCCACACGCUGAUCUGGAUCUGGAUCUGCUGGGUCUGCCAGCAUGAGACGUGUUGGAUGGACCUCCUGUUGUCAUUUUAAUGGACAGAGUUUACACUGAGGUCAGGCUGGUGUUGGUGGGUCAGUUUUAGCCUCAUUCCCAUUUAACCAGUUAUAGCUGCUGGUGUGUUGAAAACCAGUUUCAGACAAAUGAAAAGAAAUCUUUGUUUUAUUGGAUUGAUGGUGGGUUUAAUAUUUAUUACCAUGAUGCAAAUAAUUCCCAGUUUUCCUGAUCGCUUACUGAACAGAACAUCGUCCUGUCGCUUCAAAGUAGUUCAUAUAAUCUUUUUUUAAGGGCAGUAUUUGUAAAGCACAAAAAUGAUUAAUAUUAUCUGUGGUGUUUUUGUAAUCUGAUUUUUCUGCACAGAAGCUUCCAGAAGUCAGGUUUCAGAAACUGGUUGAAUUUUAAACCCAUUUAAACCAGUGCCACACACAGGAGGAGGUGUGGUCUUCAGUCUUCUAUGGCUGCCAUGUUGGAACGUUCCUUUACUGUAAGAAAUGUUUUAGUCUUGUUUUGCAAAAUUGUUUCAGUUUUCUGACCAUGGACAGAAGGGGGAAAAAAGUCUUAAAUGUUUUGACCGAAUUAAUUUGCAUUUAAUAAAAAGGGUUAAAGCUCAGGGCAUUAGGUUGUAUAACCUGGAGCAGUUAACAAGUUAGUUCUGGAGUCAUUUCCAGGACUUCAUAAAAAAAUGAAUUAACCUUCAUCAACAAAAGGGCUGGAUUGUCCUCGGAGACCAAGACCCGAGUUUGCAUUGUUUAAUGUUCACGUCCAGAUCCGUAUCCUUCAUUUCUGCAUAUUUUCCUUCCAAGCAGCCAGAAGUUCUUGCAACCUUCUAAGUUGGUCCUGAUCCACAGUUCCCCUGGCUUUCUGAAGGUUGUUUGGCUGCUUUUCCUCUACCCAUCAUUGAUGUCAUUUCCUGCACUGUAUGUGAACAAGUUAGAGAGGAUGAGCUGAGGACGACAACAACCAGUUCCAGGUACAAACAUUUUUAAAAGAAAGGCGUUAACUGGAUCACAUCCUCUCUGACCUUCAGAAAGCCUAGAGAACCUUGGAUCAAGACCACUUUAAAAGAUUUUAAGAAAACAAGGACAUAACUCAAAACUUUAGAGUUGAUGUUUGCAGUUUGUAUUUUUGUGCUUUUACUAUGCCACCUGGGACAUAUUUCCCAAAGAACCUUCUGUCCAGCCUGGCCAUCAGUUCUGUUGGUUUUCCCUGUGGGGUUCCAAACCAGGCCAUCUAUGUAAAUCACGUCAGUAGACACUGAGCGACUCCUUGUUCCUCUGCAGAGUGAGGAAAAGAGAGGUUCAGGUCUUGAAAAUAAAAGCUGUGACUGAUUAUUUUGUCACAGCGAUCACACUCUAUUACUGCUGUGGAGUCACUCUGAACCUUUUGGAAAGUUCUAGCUACCACAGACUUGAAAUGACUUCUGUCUGUUCUCAUUUUGGAGUGAUAGGAAAAGAGAAAGCGCCCCUGUCAGGAUCAGCUGGUGUUCUGCAGCCUUAAUCUGUGAUUAUUCUACAGCGGUUACACUUUAAAAUUAACUUAAAAACACUUCUAAGUCUGUUUCUUACUUAAAUUAUUGUUAAUUGUGAAAGCAUUUACUGUCUGCGAGUAGAGAGCAUGGCUGCCAUGUUGGAACGUUCCUUUAGUGUAAGAAAUAUUUUCGUCUAUGUCUUGUUUUCAACAUUUUUCUGUUCUUUUUGACGAUGGAAAGAUGGAAAAAGGUUUAAGGUUGACUAAAUGAAAUCACAUUUAACACAAGGGGUUGAAGGUCAGGCAUUAGGGUUUCUACUCCGGUACUGGUUCCUGUAGUGGAAACACACCUUCAGAGCGAGUUAAAACUGAUCCAUGACCCCUGGUAUGUAAUAAAUAGGCCCAACACCACAGUAAGAGAAAAAUCUCAAUAUCAUGAUGCUCGUGCCACCAUGCCUUAGUGUGCUGUGGCUUGAAUUCAGUGUUUGGAGGUCAUCCAGAUCCAGCUUGGUUUGGACCUUCUUGCUGACAGCUUGGCUUCACAUGGUUACCAUCCUCUCACGUUACUGUAGACCUUCUCUGAUGACCAUCCUGGAGCUGAUCAGUGGCUGAGUUUUCUUCCAUCCUCUUGAAUGAUAGUUUUUGGUUUUCUUCAGAUCUUUCUGGUUCUGGUCUCCCUUUCAAAGCAUCUGAGAUCAUUUCAGCUGAACAGCCUCACUUUCUGCUCUUCUUUACAAGUUUUCUCCUCUUCAAUCAACUUUUUCAUCAAAGUACGCUGUUCCUCUGAAUGUCUGGACCGACCCAUUUUACUCAGAGAGGAGCUCUCUAUAACCUGCAGGUAGAACAUCUGCUGACUUCCUCCCUAAAUAAAGGCACCUGUUGUACAGAA